AACUUAUAUAAUCACUGGUGUGAUUGCGCGAUCCGUGAUGUUAUUGUAGCAGGAGAUACGGGGAGAGCAAAUAUGAAGUGCGUGGUUUCGUGUUGUUAGCAGUGACAGGGGAUUAUCUGGCAGCUUCUGGCAUAAUGGUGUGCUCGAAAAUUAAUACCAACAUUCUAGUGCUUCCCGUGCAAAAUUUCAUCAUCUUUUUCGAAGCGAGAUAAACAACUGAUGUUGUGUGACAGUAUGGUCAACUAUCAGCUGAUAGGAUAUCAGUAGACGGAAGUGGUAUUUCGAGAUCAGUGUUUUUUAGUGUCCCAGGUAGCAGCUGUCGCCGUGUCCCGCACCGGGUGGCAGGCAGGCGGUCCGGCCGUGCGGGAGAAAAUGAGUGCGGAGGCCGGCACCGCUCGUGCGGGCGGCUGCGCCGAGCGUCCCGGAACGCCAGGUGCGGAGGUGCAGUGCCCGCAGCAGUACGCCGUGCAGGUGGCCCUCGUCACGAUGAAGGAGCGCUGCCAGAAGCUGCAGGAGCGCCUCAUCUCGCUCGAGAAGGAGAACGCCACCCUCAGGGCCUCGUCCACUGCCACCGACGGCAGCGCGAGUGCCGGCAAUGGCGCCCCCGCGUCUGCCGUGGAGGCGAAGCUUCGAGAAAAGGUGGUGCACCUACAGAGCCAGAAGUCCCACCUGACUCACCAGAUCUUCAUCGUGGCGUCGGAGAACAAGAAGCUGUUCGACAGACUGUCGCGUCUGACGGAGGCCAACCGCUCCCUCGGCAGUCACCUGUCCCGUAUCUCGAACACGCUGAACAGGCACGACACGUCCGUGUCCGUAGAUUUCAGCGACUCGGUGUCCGUGUCGGGGGAGAAAGUGACGACGGAAACGGUGGCGAACGCCGUGUCGCGGUCGCUGUCUCCGUCGGACCUCAGCAGCGUCAGCCUGCGGCCUGAGCCCGAAGGUGCCAGAACUGCUGGAGAACGAGGUGCUAAAGAAGAAAGCCUUGAAGAAAUUUCGUCAAAAUUGAUCCAAAGUAUUUUGCAGGCGAAAGCUGAUCUACAGAGCCAGUACGAACAAAUGGUGGAGCUGCAGAGCGACCACAGCGACGAGGGCCUGGCGUGCGACGGGGCCGCCUCUCAGGCUGCGGUCCGCAACCUCGGCUUCUCGUACCGGGCGCACGAGGCGGCCGGCGAAGACGCGUUGGAGGAAGCGGAGGAGGAAGUCCGGGUGCUGUCGGAGAAGCUGGCGGCGGCGAGAGAUGCGCUGCGCCGCCAGCAGGUCCAGAUGUGCACCCUCUUCGCCGCUUUCAAUUCGCGAAAAGUGUGGUGCAAGGAAUGUGAGGAGCGGCGACAGGAACAAGGCCAGCUGGAUAGCCUGAAACUCUGGGGCAGCGGAGACGAACGCGCGCCCUCUGCUGACGGCACUGAUGCCCACUCGCAGCAGAUGACCGAAUCGCACAACGUAUCCGAAGUACGACCGCCUCCAGAUUCCGGUGCUACAGGAGCGACCGGCGACAUAGUGUCGGCUGGCACGUCCACCGUUUCGAGGUACACGCAGUGCCCACGAGAGGAUUUUGCGGCUCAGCCGAUACGACGCGAGUUACCCGAAGGGGAGUCGGAGCUGUGCGAGAAACUGUGCCCCCUCUGCUCGAAGGUGUACGGGCCGGAAUAUUCGUUUGAGGAGUUCCAAGAGCACGUGAUGGACCACUUCCCAGAAAAUGAUGAAGACGGAGAGGUGACUGACAACUACGUGCUCCUCUAGCCCACUGUCGGCUGGAGUGGCCACUUCAGCUUUUGCAUUCCACCGUGUGUUCUAUCAUUUAGGAACACUCGUCUCUCCUUUCCGGAGGAGGGCACAACUCUGUGUCGAGGCAUUGCGUACGUAAUGUGACUUCCACUAGUUGUGGUGAACUUUUGAGAGUAGAAACCCUACGUGAUGUGGGCCUCAAAGCUGUGUAUUCGGUAGACUGUGUGUGAGGUCUGGGAUAGACAGGCAGAUACUGAAGUCACAGACCUGUUUGCAAUGGUGCUAAAUUUAUUUCUGAAAAGGUUUCAACAAAUAUAGCUUAUCUUAAUACCAGAUGUAUCAUAAAGUGAAACAAGUUUUCAAAUUUAUGAAGGUAAAAGUGUUUUUAAGAAGCAAGUCUUUCAUUGUAAGUUGUUUGAAGCUGUGAAACAGUAAUACACUUAAUUCAAUAUUUGUCAUGUUAUACUUUUCCAUGUGUUAAAUUGUACUUAUUUUUAUUUGUUAGUGGGGAUCUGGUAUGUCCUCCCUCCUUUUAUGUCUUUCAGUUUCAUGCCUGUGUGUCUGUUGUUUUCUCCGAUAGAGGAAAUGUGUUGCAACAUCUUAAAAUGUGUCCAUAAAGUCUGAUAUGUUUUAUUGUGAAAGUUGCCUUACUGCCCAUUUCUGUGUACAGCACACCUCAUUUGCAACUUGUGUGUAUGAGGUGAAAAAGUCAUUACACUGUAGUGAGUGAAUGUGUGUGUGUGUGUGUGUGUGUGUGUGUGUGUGUGUGUGUGUGUAAGGGUGGAGGGGGGCAGUUUAAAUGACAUCACAACUGAACCAAAGCCUUGUAACAGUGCACAGAUACGAUUUUCAUAGAUAAAAGAAUGAAAGAUUGAUAAGAAUAGCUUGUGCAUACAAAGAGCAAAGUGGGCAUUACAACAGAUCUCAGUGUUUUAUCCUUAGAGAACUCAUGGGAUUAUUUUUUCCCCCCACAGUGACUAUUUACUUUCAUUGUUACAUCUUUUAUUUUGUGUGUAAAUCUUAAUAUUUCCAUAAUAAAAAGAGAGAUUGAUUGUCA